AUGAUACGAACCAUCAUCCUAGGACUGGCCUGUCUGUGGACGACGAGCCACGCCGUGCACCUUAUCCAGCUGUCUGCGCCCACUCCUCAGUCAGGCAGGCUGGAACUGUCCCCGAACUUCAUCAGGAACGUGCUGGACAUGGAUGUGAUUACUCCUACUAUGGCUAUAGCCCCGUUUAGUUACGGAAGCGUAGCUCCUCAACAAAGUGUCGCCUUCACUCGGGCUGUCGCACCAGUCGCCUCGCAGAGACGGGCGCAGCACAUGCCAAGGAAGGCGAACACUGCGACGACGCGACAGGGGCUGUCCCCGCUGCUGCUGAGAAGCUUGAUGGACGUCGACGGCUUCAGUUACUCUGGCCUCGCUAACCAAGCCUUCGUCGAGUACGGCGGUCAAAGCCUACAGCCAGCGGUCACCUACAGCAGUUCCGUCGCGCCGACAGCGUCAGCGGCCACGUUGGCCCCGGCCCAGCACAUGCCGAUGAAGAGGACGUCGACAGGAAUCACUAUCCCGCCAAUGAUGUUGAGGAACAUCCUCGACCUCGACGUGUACGGCGGCGGUUCCAUGUUCGUCAACCAAGGCCUAUCCGCGUAUGACACACAGGCGGUCGACUACGGCACACCGGCCUAUGCAAGCUAUCCUUCUGACGGGGUUCUCGUGGAUGGUGGACAAGGCACAUUUAUCAUAGGAUGAAGAUGAUGCUGGCGUCUCCAAUUCGGACUGUAGCUCCUCCUG